CAGUUCACUGUCUGCACCCACGCACGCGAGCACACACACUGCCAUGGCGGCGAUGCAGGUCCUGGUGUUUCUGAGCUCACUGGCGGCACUGUGCGCUGCUAAACCCGGGUACCUGGGGCUGGGCGGCGUCGCCCACGGCGUUGCGGUUCCCGCCGCCCCUGCUGUGGUGGCCGCAGCACCGGCAGUCGUUCGCGUUCCGCCCGGUGGGACCGCCAACAUCGUCAUCGGGCCCGGCGGCAUCCCGCUGGACACGCCAGAGGUGGUCGUGAAUAGGAUCGCCCACCUGACCGCCGUGGCAGAGACUCGCGUCCGCGACGCCGUGGUCAACGCCGCCGACGCCGCAGCCGACGCCGCCGCCGCAGCCUCUGCCGCCGCUGCUUCAGCAGCCGCCGUCCCAGCCGUCGCUGCCGCCCCCAGUGUCGUCGCCGCCCCCUCUGUGGCCGCCCCCGCCCUUGCCGCUCCAGCCAUUGUAGCAGGUAGGACGCCGGCUGCCACUGUGCUCGCCGCCCCUGCUGCCGUGGCCGCCCCCGCCUACGCCGCCCCCGCACUCGUCGCGGGAAGGACGCCGGCCGCCACGGUGCUGGCUGGCCACGCCCCUGCAGCAGCCCUCGUUGCGCCCGGUGCUCUGGCUGCAGCCGCCCACCUGCAAGCUAAGGCUGCUUUGCUGGGCUGAACUGUCGCUUCACCCACACCAACACCUAUCUAUUCGACGAGCUUCAUAAUAAGACAAAUGUUCUACAUCAGACAUUUUUCAUGUAUUACUUUUAUUCUUAAUUUAUGAAUUAAAUCCCGUGUAUGCAAAUUA